AUGUCUCAACAGGGAGCCAAAGUCUACAGCAAAGUUGAAUUCUCUUUGCAUAAUAAAAGAACAGAUUGUUGGAUCAUUAUCAAAGACAAGGUGUAUGAUGUUACUUUGUAUGUAGAAGAACACCCUGGUGGUGAUGCCAUUCAUGCACACGCUGGUAAUGAUUCAACUGAAGUAUUUUAUGGGCCGCAGUAUGCAACUCAAUUUUUCGACAUGAUUGACAACUUUUACAUAGGAAAUUUGGAGGUGUAA